GCACGCAGUGGCGCGAAAAUCCUCCAGUUGUGCGGUCUGACGGCAGCGGAGAGGUCGACGCAGAGGCUCGUUUAAUAUUUUAAGUUUUUCAGGCGUAAUAACAAAUUGUUCAUAAUGGCAACUGACGUCGUAGAUGACCGCGAGAUGAGAGAGGCUCAGCGGGAUUACCUGGACUUUCUGGACGACGAUCAAGACCAGGGCAUUUACCAGAGCAAGGUCCGGGACAUGAUCAGCGAGAAUAAAGCUCGACUCAUCGUCAACAUAAACGACCUGAGGAGACGCAACGAGGCCCGAGCUGCCAAACUGAUGAACAACGCCUUCGAAGAGCUGUUGGCGUUCCAGCGGGCUCUGAAGGACCUGGUGGCCUCGGUGGACGCCACCUACGCCAAGCAGUACGAGGAGUUCUUCAUCGGCCUGGAGGGCAGCUUCGGUUCCAAGCACGUCUCCCCGCGAACGCUCACCUCCCGGCUGCUGGGCAGCAUGGUCUGUGUGGAGGGCAUCAUCACCAAGUGUUCUCUGGUCCGCCCCAAAGUUGUGCGCAGUGUUCACUACUGCCCGGCCACUAAGAAGACCAUGGAAAGGAAGUACACGGACAUGACCUCCCUGGAUGCCUUCCCUUCAAGUGCCAUUUACCCCACAAAGGAUGAGGAGAACAACCCCCUGGAGACAGAAUUUGGCCUGUCCAUCUAUAAGGACCACCAGACCAUCACGGUGCAGGAGAUGCCAGAGAAAGCCCCCGCCGGCCAGCUCCCUCGCUCCGUGGACAUCAUCCUGGACAACGACCUGGUGGACGUGGUCAAACCAGGAGACAGAGUGCAGGUCGUUGGCACAUACCGCUGCCUGCCUGGGAAGAAGGGAGGCUUCACCUCUGGUACCUUCAGGACCAUCAUGAUAGCCUGCCACGUCAAACAAAUGAGCAAAGAAGUAUCCCCGAAUUUCUCUGCUGACGAUGUGGCCAAAAUCAGAAACUUCUGUCAGAGUCGGUCCAUAGAUGUGUUCGAUCAGCUGGCUCGCUCUCUGGCUCCCAGUAUCCACGGCCACGAGUACAUCAAGAAGGCUAUUCUGUGCAUGUUGCUGGGAGGCGUUGAGAAGGUGCUAGAGAACGGCUCCCGGAUCAGAGGAGACAUCAACAUCCUACUCAUCGGUGAUCCAUCAGUGGCCAAAUCCCAGCUGCUGCGUUACGUGCUGCACACAGCGCCCAGAGCCAUCCCCACCACAGGACGAGGCUCAUCCGGUGUCGGUCUGACUGCUGCCGUCACCACUGAUCAGGAGACAGGUGAGCGUCGUCUGGAGGCGGGUGCCAUGGUGCUGGCUGACCGCGGCGUGGUGUGCAUCGACGAGUUCGACAAGAUGUCCGACAUGGACCGCACGGCCAUCCACGAGGUGAUGGAGCAGGGCCGCGUCACCAUCGCCAAGGCCGGCAUCCACGCCCGCCUCAACGCCCGCUGCUCCGUGCUCGCAGCCGCCAACCCCGUCUACGGCAGGUACGACCAGUAUAAAACCCCCAUGGAGAACAUCGGCCUCCAGGACUCGUUGCUGUCACGUUUCGACCUCCUCUUCAUCGUGCUGGACCAGAUGGACCCGGAGCAGGACCGCGAGAUCUCUGACCAUGUGCUCAGGAUGCACCGCUACCGCGACCCCCGUGAGCAGGAUGGAGCAGCCAUGGCCUUGGGUGGCACAGUAGACGUCCUGACUACUGAAGACCCAGACUCGGUGGCCGCAGAGGAUGAGACACUGCAGAUAUAUGAGAAACACAACAACCUGCUGCAUGGAAGCAGGAGAAAGAAGGAUAAGAUUGUGAGUAAGGAGUUCAUGAGGAAGUACAUCCACAUCGCCAAGGCUGUGACACCUGUGCUGACGGAGGAGGCAGCCAAUCACAUCGCAGAGGAGUACUCGAGGCUGAGGAGCCAGGAACAGCUGGCUGCUGAUAUCGCAAGGACCUCUCCAGUGACGGCCCGUUCUCUAGAGACCCUUAUCCGUCUGGCCACGGCACACGCCAAGGCCCGCAUGAGCAAAGCCAUAGAGCUGGAGGACACGGAGGUCGCUGUGGAGCUCGUUCAGUUCGCCUACUUCAAAAAGGUUUUGGAGAAAGAGAAGAAACGUUCGAAGCAGGAUCGCGACUCUGGUUCAGAGGAGGAAGAGGUCGAGGAGACGCAGCCGUCACAGAAGACUCAGAGGAAGAGGGGGCGACGUGGUUCUCAAGGCAGUGAGCCCUACAGCCCGUAUGACUUCAGUGAAGAGCAGGAUGUGCCUGACAUUCAGGCCGGCACUUCGAAACGCGCCAAACCGCAGCGAGGAGAGGAGCCCAUGGAUGCUACAUCACAGGCCGAUGGCGCGGAGCUCUCUGCAGAGAGACUGAAGGAGUUCAAGUCAUCCCUAUUCGCCGUCUUCCAGUCCGCACACGCUCAGUCCGUGAAGAUGACGAUGCUGAUGGAGUGCAUCAACAAGGGCCGCCAGGAUCCGUUCACAGAGCCAGAUGUUCACGCCGCUCUGGCUCGCAUGCAGGACGACAACCAGGUCAUGGUGGCCGACGACAUCAUCUUCCUCAUCUGAGGGAGGAGCAUUUGACUGUUUCACAAAAUUUAUUACAUGGACUCAGAAAGAAGCAGCGGAUAUAUCAAAAUCUACAUUUAUUGGGUUUGAUGUGUAUUCUACUAUUCCACCAGUUCACAUCUGUUUUCAUGAUUCUCCAUAAAUGUUCGUGAGCAAGACCAGUGCAAAAGUCUUGCACAUUUAUGCACUUGUUGUAUCUGUUUAAUAGUGGCAAUGUUGUUUUAUCAUGUCCUUAUCACAUAUAUCAACAGGCUACUAUAGUAAAGCAUCCAGGAGUGUGAUCAGUGUCUCAUUAUACUGCAGAGUUUUCAGUAAACAAUGAAACGUUAUUACACCGUAAUAAGGAUACGAUAAAGAAGUGUUUGCCUACUUCUGUUGUUUUUGGAUUUGUAUAUAGUUGACAAGUUUUCAUAUUGUGACUUAACUGUAGUUAAAAAAAUAAAUAAAAU